AUGGCGGAUGUGUCCCGCGAGGUCGGCCACCUCCACGAGAUGGUCACGGCCGCGUACGGUAUCUUUGCCGAAGCGCGCAACCUCAACUUGAAGCCGCCGCUCCAAGCCAACUCCAACUUCUUCCACUUCGCCGAAAUGAGCGACGACGCCGACGCGCCGGCGGCCACCGUGGCCGCGACCGCCGAGCCCGACGCCGACGCCCGGGACAUGACGCUGCAUGGCGACGAGAUUCAGGACUCGUUCACCAAGAUCGGCGCCUUCAAGACCGCCUACAUCCGCCACUCGAUGGAACUCAUGGAGGCCAUUGCGGCGGCGGCGACGCCAUCCCCUCUCGACAUGGACGAGCUGGUGCCGCUCGUGCAGCGCCGCGACCACCUGCGGAAAGAAGUGCACGAACGCAACGUGGUUAUGAAGGGCCUCAUCGACCGCCUCCGCGCGCUGCAGCAGGCGCUGUGCAUUCUUCAGGGCAUGGACCACGCCAACGAAGACGACGUGGCCGCGAUCGCAAGCGCGCGGGCCAUGGAGGAAGUAUAA